CGUUAAAACAUCGCGGCCAGGGAGCCACCGAGGGUGUUCAGAGCUGGGAACCCUCUGCUGCUGGAGCCAUCCCUUCUCUCCCAACCUGGAACUGCCCCCCCCGCCCUGGUAUAGUUCGUUUUGGAAGUGGCUCACUGCUCAGAUUGCACGGAUAUCAAGAGUGUUGAGAGCCCAGUUUGGGGGAGCCAUGGAGGAAUCUUCCGAAGCCAAUAAAGCCCUGGACGCGAACGCUCACUCCCGCUUCAUCAUCGGCUCCGUGUCAGAGGAUAACUCAGAAGAUGAGACCAGCUCCUUGGUGAAACUUGAUCUGCUGGAGGAGAAGGAGAGGUCUUUGUCACCCGUGUCCGUCUGCUCUGAUUCCCUCUCGGACCUGGGGCUUCCAGCUGCUCAGGAUGGCCUGGCCAGCCAUAUGAGGCCCAGCAUGUCUGGUUUGCACCUUGUCAAGCAAGGCCGGGACAGGAAGAAGGUGGAUGUGCAGCGAGAUUUCACCGUGGCUUCUCCAGCAGAGUUUGUUACUCGUUUUGGAGGGAAUAAAGUUAUUGAAAAGGUCCUGAUAGCAAAUAAUGGCAUUGCAGCAGUGAAGUGCAUGAGGUCCAUCCGGCGCUGGUCCUACGAGAUGUUCAGGAACGAGAGGGCCAUCAGGUUCGUGGUCAUGGUCACUCCUGAGGACCUGAAAGCCAAUGCAGAGUACAUUAAGAUGGCAGAUCACUACGUGCCCGUGCCAGGAGGACCCAACAACAACAACUAUGCAAACGUGGAGCUCAUCCUCGAUAUCGCCAAGAGGAUUCCAGUGCAGGCUGUGUGGGCUGGCUGGGGCCAUGCGUCAGAGAACCCCAAACUGCCAGAACUUCUCCACAAGAACGGGAUUGCUUUCAUGGGUCCUCCCAGCCAAGCCAUGUGGGCCUUAGGAGAUAAAAUUGCUUCUUCCAUCGUGGCUCAGACUGCUGGCAUUCCAACUCUUCCUUGGAGUGGCAGUGGUCUUCGAGUGGACUGGCAGGAAAACGAUCUCCAGAAGCGCAUCCUGAGCGUUCCUCAGGAGCUCUACGAGAAGGGAUACGUGAAGGACGCGGACGAUGGACUGCGGGCUGCUGAGGAGGUUGGCUACCCUGUCAUGAUCAAGGCUUCUGAAGGAGGAGGAGGAAAAGGAAUCAGGAAAGUGAACAAUGCAGAUGACUUCCCCAGUCUGUUCAGACAGGUUCAAACUGAAGUCCCAGGCUCUCCCAUAUUUGUGAUGAGGCUGGCCAAGCAGUCCAGGCACCUGGAGGUGCAGAUCCUGGCUGACCAGUAUGGCAAUGCCAUCUCCCUCUUCGGCCGGGACUGCUCCGUGCAGCGCCGGCACCAGAAGAUCAUCGAGGAAGCUCCAGCCUCUAUUGCAACCUCAACAGUGUUUGAGCACAUGGAACAGUGUGCAGUGAAGCUUGCCAAGAUGGUGGGAUACGUGAGUGCAGGCACUGUGGAAUACCUGUACAGCCAGGAUGGCAGCUUCUACUUCCUGGAGCUGAACCCACGCCUGCAGGUGGAGCAUCCCUGCACGGAGAUGGUGGCAGAUGUCAACCUGCCAGCAGCACAGCUCCAGAUUGCCAUGGGGAUCCCUCUCCACAGGAUCAAGGACAUCAGAGUGAUGUAUGGAGUUUCUCCCUGGGGAGACACAACCAUCGAUUUUGAGAACUCAGCCCACGUCCCCAGCCCCCGUGGGCACGUCAUCGCUGCCCGGAUCACCAGUGAGAAUCCUGACGAGGGAUUUAAGCCCAGUUCUGGCACAGUUCAGGAGCUGAAUUUCCGCAGCAAUAAGAACGUCUGGGGCUAUUUCAGCGUGGCUGCUGCAGGAGGGCUCCAUGAAUUUGCAGAUUCCCAGUUUGGUCACUGCUUCUCUUGGGGAGAGAACCGUGAAGAAGCCAUCUCAAACAUGGUGGUGGCUCUGAAGGAGCUGUCCAUCCGAGGGGACUUCAGGACCACUGUGGAAUACUUGAUCAAGCUGCUGGAGACAGAGAGCUUCCAGCAGAACCGCAUCGACACGGGCUGGCUGGACCGGCUCAUCGCCGAGAAAGUGCAGGCUGAGAGGCCUGACACCAUGCUGGGGGUGGUGUGUGGGGCUCUGCACGUGGCUGAUGUGAGCUUCCGAAACAGCGUCUCCAACUUCCUGCACUCCCUGGAAAGGGGCCAAGUCCUCCCUGCUCACACUCUGCUCAACACGGUGGAUGUGGAGCUCAUCUACGAGGGACGGAAGUACGUGCUGAAGGUGACCAGGCAGUCUCCCAAUUCCUACGUGGUCAUCAUGAACAGCUCCUGUGUGGAAGUGGAUGUGCAUCGCCUGAGUGAUGGGGGGCUGCUCCUCUCCUACGAUGGCAGCAGCUACACCACCUACAUGAAAGAAGAAGUGGACAGGUAUCGCAUCACCAUUGGGAACAAGACCUGUGUGUUUGAGAAGGAGAAUGAUCCCUCCAUCCUGCGCUCACCUUCUGCUGGGAAGCUGAUCCAGUAUGUGGUGGAGGAUGGGGGACACGUGUUUGCAGGCCAGUGCUUUGCAGAAAUUGAGGUGAUGAAAAUGGUGAUGACAAUAACAGCAGGAGAAUCAGGCUGCAUCCACUAUGUCAAACGCCCAGGGGCAGUCCUGGAUCCAGGCUGUGUGAUUGCCAAACUCCAGCUGGAUGAUCCCAGCAGGGUUCAGCAGGCUGAGCUGCACACGGGUACCCUGCCCCAGAUCCAGAGCACAGCGCUGCGGGGUGAGAAACUCCAUCGCAUCUUCCACUACGUCUUGGACAACCUGGUCAAUGUGAUGAACGGGUACUGCCUGCCAGAGCCCUUCUUCAGCAGCAAGGUGAAGGGCUGGGUUGAGCGUUUAAUGAAGACCUUGAGAGAUCCAUCUUUGCCCCUGCUGGAGCUUCAGGACAUCAUGACCAGUGUUUCUGGACGGAUACCACCCAAUGUGGAGAAGUCCAUCAAGAAGGAGAUGGCCCAGUAUGCCAGCAACAUCACCUCGGUCCUCUGCCAGUUUCCCAGCCAACAGAUUGCCAACAUCCUGGACAGCCACGCGGCCACGCUGAACCGCAAGUCGGAGCGCGAGGUUUUCUUCAUGAACACUCAGAGCAUUGUGCAGCUCGUGCAGAGGUACCGCAGCGGCAUUCGGGGCCACAUGAAAGCCGUGGUGAUGGAUCUGCUCCGGCAGUACCUGAAGGUGGAGACUCAGUUCCAGCACGGUCACUAUGACAAGUGUGUCUUCACCCUUCGUGAGGAGAACAAGAGUGACAUGAACGCAGUGCUGAACUACAUCUUCUCCCAUGCCCAGGUCACCAAGAAGAACCUGCUGGUUACAAUGCUCAUUGACCAGCUCUGUGGCCGUGACCCCACCUUGACAGACGAGCUGAUCAAUAUCCUGACCGAGCUGACCCAGCUCAGCAAGACCACCAACGCCAAGGUGGCCCUGCGAGCGCGGCAGGUUCUCAUUGCUUCCCACCUGCCCUCCUACGAGCUGCGUCACAACCAGGUGGAGUCCAUCUUCCUGUCGGCCAUCGACAUGUACGGGCACCAGUUCUGCAUUGAGAACCUGCAGAAACUCAUUUUGUCUGAGACAUCCAUCUUUGAUGUGCUUCCCAACUUUUUCUACCACAGUAACCAGGUGGUAAGAAUGGCAGCUUUGGAGGUGUAUGUUCGCAGAGCCUACAUUGCCUACGAGUUAAACAGCGUCCAGCACCGCCAGCUGAAGGACAACACCUGUGUGGUGGAGUUCCAGUUCAUGCUGCCCACCUCCCAUCCCAACAGAGGGAACAUCCCCACGCUAAACAGAAUGUCCUUCUCUUCCAACCUCAAUCACUAUGGCAUGGUGCACGUGGCCAGCGUGAGCGACGUGCUGCUGGACAACUCCUUCACGCCGCCGUGCCAGCGCAUGGGCGGCAUGGUCUCCUUCCGCACCUUCGAGGACUUUGUCAGGAUCUUUGAUGAAGUCAUGGGAUGCUUUUGCGACUCUCCCCCGCAGAGCCCGACGUUCCCCGAGGCUGGCCACGCUUCCCUGUAUGAUGAAGACAAGAGUGCCCGGGAGGAGCCCAUCCACAUCCUCAACGUGGCCAUCAAAACCGACAGCGAUGUCGACGACGACGGCCUGGCUGCCAUGUUCAGGGAGUUCACCCAGAGCAAGAAAUCAGUCCUGAUCGAACAUGGCAUUCGGAGGCUGACUUUCCUUGUAGCACAAAAGGACUUCAGGAAACAGGUCAACUAUGAGGUGGAUCAGAGAUUCCAUAGGGAAUUCCCAAAGUUCUUCACGUUCCGUGCCCGGGAUAAGUUCGAGGAGGACCGGAUUUACCGGCACCUGGAGCCGGCCCUGGCCUUCCAGCUGGAGCUGAACCGCAUGAGGAACUUCGACCUCACGGCCAUCCCCUGUGCCAACCACAAAAUGCACCUCUACCUGGGGGCAGCCAAGGUGGAGGUGGGCACAGAGGUGACAGACUACAGGUUCUUCGUCAGGGCCAUCAUAAGGCACUCGGACCUGGUGACCAAGGAAGCCUCCUUUGAGUACCUGCAGAACGAGGGAGAGCGUUUGCUGCUGGAGGCCAUGGAUGAGCUGGAGGUGGCCUUCAACAACACCAACGUGCGCACGGACUGCAACCACAUCUUCCUCAACUUCGUGCCCACCGUCAUCAUGGACCCCUCCAAGAUCGAGGAGUCGGUGCGCUCCAUGGUGAUGCGCUACGGGAGCCGCCUCUGGAAGCUGCGCGUCCUCCAGGCCGAGCUGAAGAUCAACAUCCGCCUGACGCCCACGGGGAAGGCAAUUCCCAUCCGCCUCUUCCUCACCAACGAGUCGGGAUACUACCUGGACAUCAGCCUGUACAAGGAGGUGACGGACUCCAGAACGGGACAGAUCAUGUUCCAGGCAUAUGGAGAUAAGCAGGGACCACUCCACGGGAUGCUGAUCAACACUCCCUACGUGACCAAAGACCUGCUGCAGUCCAAGAGGUUCCAGGCACAGACUUUGGGGACAUCAUAUGUCUAUGACAUUCCUGAGAUGUUCAGGCAGUCUUUGAUCAAGCUGUGGAAUUCCAUGAACGACCACGCGUUCCUGCCGCCGGCGCCGCUGCCCUCGGACAUCCUGACCUACACGGAGCUGGUGCUGGAUGACCAGGGCCAGCUGGUGCAAAUGAACAGGCUGCCAGGAGGAAAUGAGAUUGGCAUGGUGGCCUGGAAGAUGACCCUGAAGACGCCGGAGUAUCCGGAGGGCCGGGAUAUCAUUGUCAUUGGCAAUGACAUCACCUACAAAAUCGGCUCCUUUGGGCCCCAGGAGGACGUGCUGUUCCUCAGGGCGUCUGAGCUGGCGCGGGCUCAGGGCAUUCCCCGGAUCUACGUGGCUGCCAACAGCGGGGCCAGGAUCGGCCUGGCAGAGGAGAUCCGACACAUGUUCCACGUGGCUUGGGAGGACCCAGACAACCCCUACAAGGGGUACAAAUACUUGUACCUGACUCCUCAAGACUAUAAGAAAGUCAGCGCCCUGAACUCUGUUCACUGUGAACACGUGGAGGAAAAUGGAGAGUCCAGGUACAAGAUAACGGAUAUCAUCGGGAAGGAGGAGGGGCUUGGAGUAGAGAACCUCAGAGGAUCUGGCAUGAUUGCUGGAGAAUCAUCCUUAGCCUAUGAGAGUGUUAUCACCAUCAGCUUGGUCACGUGCCGGGCAAUUGGGAUUGGGGCCUACAUCGUGCGGCUGGGCCAGAGAACCAUCCAGGUGGAGAACUCCCACAUCAUCCUCACCGGCUGUGGGGCCCUCAACAAGGUGCUUGGACGGGAAGUUUACACCUCCAACAACCAGCUGGGAGGGAUCCAGAUCAUGCACAACAACGGGGUGACACAUGACACUGUCUGUGACGACUUUGAAGGAGUCUACACCAUCCUGCAGUGGCUUUCCUACAUGCCAAAGAACAUACACAGCCCUGUGCCCAUCCUGAAAGCCAAGGAUCCCAUAGACAGAACCAUCGACUUUGUUCCCACCAAGACCCCCUACGACCCUCGCUGGAUGCUGGCUGGACGCCCCAACCCAAAUCAGAAAGGGCAGUGGCUGAGCGGGUUCUUCGACCAUGGCUCGUUCAUGGAGAUCAUGCAGCCCUGGGCACAGACAGUCGUGGUGGGGAGAGCAAGGCUGGGAGGAAUACCUGUAGGAGUGGUUGCUGUAGAAACGAGGACGGUGGAGCUCAGCAUUCCUGCUGAUCCUGCAAACCUGGACUCAGAGGCCAAGAUAAUCCAGCAGGCUGGGCAGGUGUGGUUCCCUGACUCUGCCUUCAAAACAGCCGAGGCAAUCAAGGACUUCAACAGGGAAGGGCUGCCCCUGAUGGUCUUUGCAAACUGGAGAGGCUUCUCUGGGGGAAUGAAAGACAUGUAUGACCAGGUGCUGAAGUUUGGGGCCUACAUCGUGGAUGGUCUGCGGGAGUACCGGCAGCCCGUGCUGAUCUACAUCCCGCCGCAGGGCGAGCUGCGCGGCGGCUCCUGGGUGGUCAUCGACCCCACCAUCAACCCCCGGCACAUGGAGAUGUACGCGGACAGAGAGAGCAGAGGAGGCAUCCUGGAGCCGGAGGGGACGGUGGAGAUCCGGUUCCGCAGGAAGGACCUGGUGAAGACGAUGCGCAGGGUGGACCCGGUGUACAUCAGCCUGGCCGAGCGCCUCGGCACCCCUGAGCUGAGCCCAGCAGACAGGAAGGAGCUGGAGACGAAGCUGAAGGAGCGGGAGGAGUUCCUGGCCCCCAUGUACCAGCAGGUGGCCAUGCAGUUCGCUGACCUGCACGACACCCCCGGCAGGAUGCAGGAGAAGGGGGCCAUAACCGACGUCCUGGACUGGAAAACCUCCCGGACCUUCUUCUACUGGCGGCUGCGGCGGCUGCUGCUGGAGGAGGUGGUGAAGAGGAAGAUCCACGAGGCCAACCCCGAGCUGACGGACGGGCAGAUCCAGGCCAUGCUGCGCCGCUGGUUCGUGGAGGUGGAGGGCACGGUGAAGGCCUACCUGUGGGACAGCAACAAGGACCUGGUGGAGUGGCUGGAGAAGCAGCUGACGGAGGAGGAGGGCGUUCGCUCGGUGGUGGAGGAGAACAUCAAAUACAUCUCCAGGGAUUACGUGCUCAAGCAGAUCCGGAGCCUGGUCCAGGCCAAUCCCGAGGUUGCCAUGGAUUCCAUCGUGCACAUGACCCAGCACAUCUCCCCCACCCAGCGAGCCGAGGUGGUGCGGAUCCUCUCCACAAUGGACUCGCCUUCCUCCACGUAAGAGCCUCCAGCCCAGGCUGCCCCUGCCCGGCGCCGCCAGGAGGGACCCGGAGCUGGGAACUGCCCUUUGUCUGCUCGGCACCACGGGGAGCCUCAGGGAACGCUGCUGCAGUGACAGUUUUAUUUUUUCAGAUCAGGCUGACCAGAGGAAGCGUGUCCUUUGGCCAGGGACACGAGGCAAAUGUAUAAACACAAGCGCCUGCGGAACUGAA